AUGGUCAUUGUCUUUCUUAUGCCUGGAAUAAAGGAACAACCAAUUGUGUAUUGUACACGCAAAAAGUUAAAAUUCAACUAUCAGCUGACUGGGACCACUACAAUAUUAGAGGUAAGACAAUGUUCCUCUGAGUUGGGAAAUGGAGUUUUAGAUGUCAACAAGGUAUUCAUCCCAGGAACCUCCCUUAAUGGCAGCUGUAACGAGGGACAUUUUGUUUGCUCAGUGUUGACGGACAUCGCUGUUGGAAAACCUUCUAUACAAUCCCCUACCUUUAAUAUUGAUCAAGCUUCAAAUGCCGUGGACGGUGAUAGAGGGACGGACAUCAUAACAAACACCUGCUCCCACACGGACACAGGUGAUGACAGCCCUUGGUGGAGGGUAGACCUCACGGAUAUUUAUUACAUCACAACUGUUAGAAUUCUCAACAGAGGCAUGGACAUGUUUGGAAUAGAUGAGUCGGCUAGACUUAGAGAUGUAACAAUCAGUACCGGUAUAACAACGUUGAACAUUUCCUCGUUUUGUGGAUUCUAUGCUGGUCCUGGAGUACUGUCGCAAUUAGUAACCAUUAAUUGUCUACCGUAUACUAUGGGGAGAUACGUACAAAUUUCACUAGUGACGCCAUAUCUAACACUCUGUGAAGUAGAUGUGUUUGUUGUGGAAGUUUAG